GUCCCAACUGUCGACCGUUUUAUUCGUUGGGAAUCGCCGAGCGAAAAUCGACGUGCGCGCCUAAGCACCGCGUUUAGCGUGCGUUCUAUUGAGUUCAAACAGGGGUUGCGAUUAAUUUCCGGAGUUUUUGUAUUGCUCAAAACUGGCUUCUUGAGUUCGAACCCAUUACAUAGUUCUUAGAGCGCGCGGGCCGAAAAUAGUGAAUGAUCAAUAGGAAGUGAUUGAAAAUACAGCACUGAUGAUAGUUUGAGCACGGUGUGAUCGCGCGUUGACCGUGAAAUUUCAGAAAUGUGUGAUUAUUUACACUUGGCGGACAACGGGUGGAUGGUUGUGCAGCUGACGGACCGUGUAUAACAACAAAUGUGAGAAACCGGCAGCGAGGAAAUGCAAGAAACUUUGAACUGGGCGACGCAUGCACGAGAAUUCAGAUGGUAUCAGGAAUCUAAGACCAACUGUUGUUGGAUCCAAAAAUAGAGAAACGAAGAAACAAAACAACACCCACGACAAGACGUAGAUAACACUUAAAAGCGAAAGGGUAUUCUUCGAAUAGUAUAAUUCUGUUCCAACGUGUUAAUCAGUUAGUGCAAUUUCAAAGAAAAAAACAGAAGCAAUUAAUGAAACAACACAUGUUCAAGUGGUAGUGUAAGCAUAUAGCACUAGCAGCCAGUACGAAGUAAAACAAAUCGGAAACUUAACCCACAGUGCAACCGUGUGGUGUAGAACUUCAAUCAAGACGACAAACCGCGCGCGCCAUGGUCGAUGCACUCUCGGAUCCGAUAACUGAUCACAUUGGGCGUCAGUUAUUGCACUGGUUCGUAGGGUAUUCGUCCUCAUGGUACUCGACGCUGAGUGGUUCCGAGUUCAUCGACAAUUUCAAGAAGCUCGAAAGUGGCGCGUCAAUUCUGGAACAGGGGCUGGGCAUAAAGUUCGACGAAGAAGAGGAAGCACAGGCCGCCGUUGCGAAUUGUCGUCGCCGUGAUAGCAGCCGGAGAAGUCGUAACGAUAAUAACGAGGGAAGUGUUAAUAGGGAAGGAGCCUGGAGAUUCCUACGGCGAGACGAUCCCAUUAUUCAGUACGGCGAGAGGAAUUACGAGAAUCUGAUGCUGGUGGAUAUUAUGGAAAACUGCGAAGAGGGAAUUCCUGUUGAGAUGUUCAACGUGUUGGCCCCGUUUCACCAAAACAGCGGAGCUGCAGCAGCUGCUACUGGUGGGGCAACCGCACCCGGUAACCAGAACGGCCCAGCUGGCGGCGGUGCCGGCCGAGGAGGAGUGGAGAAUAUGCAAGUGACUCAACCCUGCAGUGCGCCAUCGUCACCGACCAUCACCUCGCCCGGUGCCCUCAGUUCAACCUCGUUCUGUCUACCGACUGGAGCCAACGGCGGUAGCAGCACUAGCAGCGGAGGCAGCAGUGUCAUUACCAGUACUACCGCGACAGACACAGGCGAUCCAAACUGGCAGGCCACCAAAAGCACGGUCCGGGAGCGGAAUGCGGCCAUGUUCAACAACGACCUGAUGGCGGACAUACGCUUCAUAGUCGGAACCGACGAACAAGUACAAACCAUACCGGCCCAUAAGUACGUGCUCGCCACUGGCAGUUCCGUGUUCUACGCCAUGUUCUACGGCGGAUUGGCUGAGAACAAACAAGAAAUCAAAGUUCCUGACGUCGAACCGAACGCUUUCUUAACAUUACUAAAAUACCUAUACUGUGAUGAGAUCCACCUGGAGGCGGACAAUGUUCUGGCCACUCUGUACGUCGCCAAGAAGUACAUUGUUCCGCAUCUGGCGCGGGCCUGUGUCAACUAUCUGGAAACUAGUCUAACGGCAAAAAACGCCUGCCUGCUGCUGAGUCAGUCGAGGCUCUUCGAGGAACCGGAACUGAUGCAGCGCUGCUGGGAAGUGAUUGACGCCCAGGCGGAAAUGGCCAUCAAGUCGGAAGGAUUCGUCGAUAUCGACCUGAAAACCUUCGAAACCAUACUGGCGCGGGAAACGCUCAACUGCAAGGAGAUUCACCUGUUCGAAGCGGCGCUGAACUGGGCUCACGCCGCUUGCACCAAGAUCGACAUCGAGCCAACGUCCAACAACAAACGGCAGGUAUUGGGCCAAGCGUUGUACCUGGUACGGAUCCCGACCAUGUCGCUGGAGGAAUUUGCCAACCGGGUGGCCCAGCUCGGUAUACUGACCAACCAGGAGACGAUCGAUAUCUUUCUGAACUUCACCGCCAAGAACAAACCGAAGCUAACGUUUCCGAUCAAGUCACGAGCUGGGCUGAAGACGCAGGUGUGCCAUAGGUUCGCAUCGUGUGCCUACCGGAGCAAUCAGUGGCGCUACAGGGGACGCUGUGAUUCGAUUCAGUUUUCUGUCGAUAAGCGGAUAUUCAUCGUGGGCUUUGGACUGUACGGAUCAUCGACGGGGGCUGCGGAUUACGAUGUAAAGAUUGAACUGAAGCGACUGGGUCGAGUACUGGCAGAAAACAGCACCAAGUUCUUCUCGGACGGUUCCAGCAAUACUUUCCAUGUAUUUUUCGAGACACCGAUUCAGAUUGAACCGGAGUGCUUCUACACCGCAUCGGUAGUACUGGAUGGUACCGAGUUGAGCUUCUUUGGCCAAGAGGGAAUGAGCGAGGUUUGCGUUGGAACGGUUACUUUCCAGUUUCAGUGCUCUUCGGAGAGUACAAAUGGGACCGGUGUUCAAGGAGGACAAAUUCCCGAACUGAUAUUCUACGGUCCUAUGGGUGUUAGCAAUCAAAAUGCUGGACUGUCUGGAAGCAGCAGCAGUAAUAUUAUUAAUAAUAACAAACCAAAUGCUUCUCCAAAUGGUGGAACAACGGGCAGUGCCAGCAAUUCCUGUUCCACACUAAACAACGUCAGCGUCUACCUUAAUGGUAAUGGAGACAAUGGCCCAAACGUACUCUCGGGAAAUGGCCUGGGAACAGUAGCCCUGUUGAACAACGAAAGUGACUGAUUGGAGGAAGACAAGAAAGAAGACGUAAAAUAUUAAAAAUCGUGUGAUACAAAACUUUGAGCGAACAUGAAGGAUCCAAUGUAUGUUCAAAAACAUAGAUACAUAUAAAUUUUCAGAAUUGUCAUAAUACAUAGGUACACUUGAAUGGAAAAAUAUACCACAAAAGAAUAUUAGCAUCGGCAAAAGAAGCCUGAAUUUAAUUCAUUUACAACAACAUUUUAGAACAGCGGAACUCCUACCCACUUUGUAGAUUCCAUUCACACAAAAUUCCAGCAAUAUUUUUUAAUUAGAAGAAUACCCAACAUAAGGCUUCUUGUUAUAUUUUAAAAGCGGAUAAAUUGGACGUGCGACUUAAAAUCAAUUAAACAUUUACCCAAAACUAUUAAUAAUCAGUUGAACUUUUAGCACAAUACUAGUCAUUUGAAAAGCAAAAGUAAACCUUCGGUUGUUUUAUCGUGUUUGAAUUAGUUGAAUCGAUUUUGGCUUCCAUAGUUUAAAGUAUCCGCAGAAGAAAAAAAAGUAGCGAAGUUUGAACUUACACAUGCAUGCAUUAAAUAGUAGAACACUUACAGUGACUAAACGAAGUCUACAAGUAUUCUUAAAUCACACUGAAAAUCUACGAAACUCCCUGCGGAAACAACGCAACAGCAUACUACAAACAAAACGACAGAAUUAUAUUAACUAUAAGAAUGAUGAACGCAAGUAAUUCAAUCAAAUCAAAUAUGCGAUGGUUUCUUUCUAGUAUGUAAGGUGCGCAUUUGUUUGACCGCACACACGCGGUCAACAGCAAACUGAAUGGAGAAGGUGCGAUAAUUUAAAACAACAGAAAACAAAACGGAAAGCGUGCAAUCAUGGAAUGGCUGAAUCCGAAAGAAAUAAAACAGAAAAAAUCCUACAAACACACUAUUUUGAGCAGAAUAACCAACACAAUAUCCAUAUUUAGAAGAGGUGCAUUAGUAGUUGCCAAGAACGAAACCAUAAGUAACCCUAGCUCUAUCCUUAUUAGCAGCUGACACGUAGGUGAUGACCCACCACGAAGCAAAAUGGCAGCUUUCAGUUUCAGCAUUUGGUUCCAAUUCAAGCAUUUAGAAUGCUACAAAACUAGUAAACUUUAUCUCUCUACAAAACUAAGUAUGUUAGACAUCAUUGUAUUUCAAUUUGCAUUACUUCAGUUGAUAUUCGUAGAAUGGAAACAGAAACCUUCUCUUGUACCCCCUUUACUGUUUGAUUGGGGGAGGGCUAAAGUAAGGUACUCGAAAAACAAUUGCAUUACGAGAAAGAGGUGAAAGAAACUCAACACAGUGAAACGGUUACGAUUUAAAAAAUGAUUCUCACUAUUAUUAUACUUAUUGAUUAUUCUAUUGACAAGCAUAGUUCUACCACAACAACGUUUGUAAUGUUCAACGUAAAGAAGUACUGAAAUAAAUUAUUGAUACACUGAAAA